AGCCCCCCGGCCCAAGCACCCGGCCGACCCGGCUGGUCCCGGGUCGCCGCCGCCCGAGCGGGCGGGGCUGCGCGGUGCCGGCCCGCCCUCUCCAUCGGACCCCCCGUGGCCCUCGCGUGGCCCCGGCCCCACGCCGAGCCCCUCUCGGCCAUGAAGCGGAGAGUCACGGUGAGGUGUGCCGCCGCGAACGACGACGAGGGCGGCUCCUCCGCCUCUGGCGACGAGCCGGCGCGCGCCGCCGCCAAGCGGCGGAAGGCGCCUGCGCCGCCACCCCGGGAGGGUGCGCGGCAGGCCGCCGCCGAGCGGGCCCCAGAGGCGGGCGCCAGCGGGCCCGGGCCAGGGCGGAAGAAGGAAAAAGAGUUCGCGUGGAUGGAUUCGGACGAGGACCCAGACCUCCUCUGAGAUGACUGCAGGGGGUGCUCAGGGGAUAGGGGUCUCAGAAGCGGAGGCGAAGGUGCGUUAUGUCUGGCCUAGCCUUGCUGAUAGGUGCCUGCAUGCGCCCUCAGGAAUUCAGGGUGCUUGGAUCACUCCGCCAAGUAGGCUCCGCCCACUUGAGACCAAUUUGCAUCCUCCCUGAACCAGUUAGGGCAUUGGUAGCCCACUUAUAAGCCAGGUUAGGCCAUAUGUAAGCCACCUUAGCGUCUGCUUCUAAGCCCCCGAUCCCCUUAGCAACCCCCGCGGUCCUCUCAGCUCGCGUCGUGAAGCAAUCACGGCGGACGGAUUCGGACCCUUUUCGGCCAUCAGGGGCCCUCGCCGGGCCCCGGGGUCGUAAACAAGACGACUCGGGACGGAAAGCCAGUCCUGGGGAAGGGUCGACACCCUCGAGGGCCCGCGUUUCUGCAAGAAUCACGGCGGUCGGGGGUCUGGGGAGGAGGACGGCGAGGGCGAGGGCGAGGCCGGCGCAUCCGCCGCCGCCGCGGGGGCGGGCGGCGCAGAGGAGGAGGAGGAGAGCGAGGCGCUGAGCACGCAGGCGCUGGACUCCGUGCAGAGUUUCGGGCGCAUGAUGCUGCUGGCCCCCGCGAUCACCAAGUGGCUCAAGGGGGGCACGAUGAGCCCAGAGGAGGUGGGGGCGACCUGCAGGGCGAUGAGCCGCACCAAGUUCUUCGACGGCGACAUGUUGAAGGACCUGAAGGAGGUUCUGAUGAGGAUGUUGUCGGCCGACCAAUUGGACGUUGCGUCCGUGCACGAUGCCGUCAUGUGCCUGUGGGAGCUGAACGCCUAUGACCAGAGGCUGUUCAGCGCGGUGGCCAAGGCCCUCAGACCGAAGGUCGUCUUUCUGGAGCAGAGGAUUAGAUGCAGCUGGCUGGAGGUGUAUAGAGGCUUCGGCCACUCGCACGAGAAGGACUUCCUUCAGCUCCUUGAGGUGCCCCCUCUGCUGCCAACGAGCCCAGCGUAUCUGAAGAUACGCUGUAGAUUUUUCGACACGGCCUCGUGCUCCUUGGGCCCGCUGUGCACGUACAGCCACGACCCCAGGGCCCCCGUCACUUUGGAGGUGGACACCGUGGGGCGCUCAUCCCCGCUGGUCAUGACACAGAACCAGUACAGCAUGGGCCGAGAGACCUACGGGGGGACCUUCCAGUACGGCGGCAAGACGACCCCCUUCCACACGAAGUGAGGAAGGCCUCGCUGGAAUAAUAAAGAACGUUACAAACAUGACUCACGUCCUUGCCGCUGCCCGCUCCUCGGGGCGAGAGGCUCCGCUCGCAGCCCGCCGCGCGGAGUGCUCGCGAGCCCGCUGCCGAGGUGUUACGGGCGCCACUCGGCAGCCCGGGCGGGCGGGCCGCGGCUCAUCGCAUCGGCGCCCCUCCACUGGUGGCUGGUCCGCGGCGGGGGGCUCCAUGAGCCCAGGCGUCGGCGAGGCCAGUCGACGCCCAGCAUCCUCCAGCGACCUCUGGGGCCUCGCGGUGGGCGCGGUGUCGUGCGAAAAUGUGC